AUGCAGAUCUUUGUCAAGACCCUCACUGGCAAGACCAUCACCCUGGAUGUUGAGGCCAGUGACACCAUUGACAACGUGAAGGCAAAGAUUCAAGACAAGGAAGGUAUCCCCCCAGAUCAGCAGCGCCUCAUCUUCGCGGGCAAGCAGUUGGAGGAUGGCCGCACCCUCUCUGAUUACAACAUUCAGAAGGAGUCGACCCUCCACUUGGUGCUGCGCCUCCGUGGCGGUCACUGGCAGGUGCCUUGUGGCAUCUUUGACGACCCCAAGCUGGUGGCCGAUGUCAAGGAGGCUGUGGCCACCAUUAAGAAGGCCAUGGUUCAGAUCGGAGAGCUCUCGGCCAACAUGACUCCUUUGAACAUCAACCAGAUGACCCGUUGGGUGAACACCAAGGAGGAGCAUGCCAGCAAGAUCGUGAGCCUCAUGUCGGAGUAUUGCUUGUGCCAGCGCGUGAAGCCCCCAAGUGAUCCCAAGAGCCCCUUCACCAGCGAUGCUGACUACAUUGCCGCUUUGCAGGCGCACCACACCGUGAUGCUCAGUGCCGUCAAGUGCAAGCAGAAUGUGGACCCAGCCUUGGCAGAUGCCCUGGACGGCGCCGUUGCGGAUAUGAGCAAAAUGUACAUGAAAUGA